CACCCACCCCCGCACCGCCGGCCUCCGCUCCGCGGGACCCGCGCGUCAGCCGCGAGAAGCCCCGCCCGUCUCUGCUCCACGGGGACCGCAGCGCAGGCCGUUGGUUGCAUCUAUCUAACCACCGUGGGCGGGGGCGGGGGCGGGGGCCAACGACCUUUGCUUCCCCUCGCCGCAUGUUCCCCCCUCACGUCAUCGCCCUCGACCGCGCGUCGCCAUCGUCGUCCCUCUACCUCGAGCUCUCGGCGACUCCUCGGAGCCGAUGAGAGGCGCCGGGAUCGCGGCGGGCCGUGACGAUUCCGGUGCUGGAGCAAGAAUUCGCGGGGAGAACUCCGGCCCCGGGGGCUGCUCUCACAUGGACGGGCUGCCCGGGGAGCUCUGCUUCAAGAUCUUCCACCUCCUCGAUCACCAGGCCCUCGCCGCCGCUCCCCAAGUCUGCAGGAAGUGGAGCGCGUUGUCCUGCGACGACGAGCUGUGGCGCAAGCUGUUCGAGGACAGGUGGGGAGCCGACGCCACGGCCUUCUACGCGCCGGAGCCGGAGGGCUCCAAGCCCUGGAAGGACGUCUUCGUCGUGCAGGACCGAUGCGACCGAUACGGCCUGGGCGUCAGGAUCAUCAGGGAAGGAAACGACUACUACCUCAUCUACCAAGGCGAGAUCCAGAGCUACCUGGGCACCAGCUGCGACGCCAAGGACGCGCAGCCGCAGGGCGCUCAAGCCGACAAGAGGCAGAUAUCUGACCGGAUCCUCUUCUUCCUGGGAGACCUGGAGACUGCUUAUGCGGACGCCAAGCGUGUCGAGGCGUGACCUCGUCCUUCAGAACCAAAGCUGUUGGAAAAUGUCUGUAAAAUCCUUGUCCCUGUUUUGCAUAGCUCGUGCAUAAGGUCGUAUCUAGUCUACGUACAGACAAGCCAUAGUGUUUCACCGUCGUAUUCUUCGUCUGGACGUUACACUUCAGAUGUUCACCUUUUACUAAUCUUCUUGCAGUUCCCAAACUGCAGAUAAUGGACGAUACGAGUUAUUCAGUCACUUAUGCUUGUAAUAGCAGUAAUGAAAACAAUGGCGAAGGGCAACAAACUAAUGAGUUUCAUCGUCUUUUCUUUAAUCAAAAGAUAUAACUCUA